AUGGGAGAAGAGACAUGCAAGGACUGCAGGAGCUGGGAAGAGAAAACAUAUUGGACCCAUUUUCAGUACAUACAGUUCUCUCAGUUCCUCCAUUCUGGGUUUGAUCAACGCCUGGCCAUUCCUGAAAAAUUUGCUAGACAUCUGAGAAAGAAAUUGCCUGAUACUGUGAACCUUAAAGGUCCUAGUGGUGCUGCAUGGAAAGUAGGACUAACAACACACAAUAAUACCCUAUUCUUCAGUCAUGGCUGGCAAGAAUUUGUCAAGGACCAUUCUCUUGAAGAGACUGAUUUCUUGAUCUUUAAGUACAAUGGGGAGUCAAACUUCGAUGUAUUAAUGUUCAAUAUGCAGAGCAUGUGUGAGAAGGCAGCUUCUUACUUCGUCAAAAAAUGUGAAUCUACUGAACGUGGCAAUGGUUGUCAAACAAAAAGAAAAACUGUUAAAAGUACUAUUGAAGUUAUUUAUGCCUCUCCUAAGGGUGUAGCUGGAGGUUCUCAACCUGAGGAAUUUAUGGACAACGAUUCUGAUGCAAUACCAUUUGGGCAGGCUAGUGUUUCUGACAAGAAACUCUGUAGUGGAAUUAGGUCAACUGAGGGCAUUGAAGAGGAUGUUGUUGGAGGUUCCCAACAGGAGGAGUCUAAAGAUAAUAGUUCUGACACAAUACCACCACAAAGGCAGCCUAUUAUCUACCAAGUUAGUAAGAAGAAAAUUUCAAGGGAAAUUAAGUCAAUCAGGCCCGUUCGAUACUGGCAGGUUGUAAAACGCAGAGGACCUUCUACUUGUGAGGAAAUAGAGACUGAACCUGUUCAAUUCGCGGAUAUUUCAGAUGUUCAGUGCAUAGGCCAAGCAGUGGAUAGUGGGCACCAUGCGAGAAAAAGAAGGAAAAUAGCAGAGGAAGGGAAACGGAGAGCAAUGCAAUUGGCUGUAAAAGCCGCAGUUCCUUCAGCGUGGCUUGUUAAACAUCUUCCCAUUAAAGGAAAUCAAGAUGUAAUUCUACGUUUUAAAGAACGAACAUGGAACACGAGAUUCUUAUAUCACAAGUCUCGUAACACUGGAGGGCUGACUGGUGGAUGGAAGAAAUUUGCAUUGGACAACAAAUUGCAUGAAUUUGAUGUGUGCGUAUUUGAACCUCUGGACCUGGUGAGCAACCCAGUUAUCCUAAAUGUCAGCAUCUUUCGUGCCGUCGAAGAAGCAAAUCCAGUUACCUCACAAGUGGAUGAGAAAGAAAUGCAGGACCAUCCAUGA